UUUUACCACACUCUCUGUUCGCAAUGUCGUCUGAGUACAAGUAUGAUGAACAGGGACAAUUCUUUCCGGUGUUUUUGCUGGUAGGUGUGUCUUGCUUCAUCCUUCCUAUGACUUUUUCUACCUUUUUUGGUCGAAUUACGUCUAAAAAAAAUGAAUCUGUUUCGGAUCCAUUUACCGCAUAUCGUCCGAAAGAUGUUUUGAAAAAGAAGGAACCCAAAAUUCGAUUACGACAUUUUAUUAUUUUAAUUGGAUGGGUCGUUAUUGGGUAUUUGUCUUAUCGCAUUGCUUAUACCAAGUUGAGCUUCAACGUCUGGGAUCCAUACGAAAUUUUGGGUAUACCGAAAAGCAUGGCAGUAGACGACAUUCGCCGUCAUUACAAGCGACUUUCUAUCAAGUUUCAUCCGGAUAAAAUUAGAAACAUGGUCAAUACGACUAGAGAAGAGGUUGAAGCUAAGUACAUAGAACUUACUAGUGCGUAUAGAGCUUUGACGGACGAGGAAACUCGUGAAAAUUAUGUUCUUUAUGGAACUCCUGACGUACCUCAACACAUUGAUAUUGGGAUUGCACUUCCAAAUUGGAUUGCCGACAAGAACAAUAGCAUUUACGUGCUUGGUUUCUAUGGCCUCAUUUUUGGUAUUUUCUUGCCCUAUAGUGUCGGUCGUUGGUGGUAUGGUAGCAGGACUUAUACCCGUGACCAAGUGCAUGUUGGAAGCGUAGAUGAGUGGUUUCCUAAGAUUCACGAGAAUUUGGAAAUGGAAGACAUUUUGCAGCUGUUAGCUUCUAGCAAGGAACUUCAAAUCUUUCAUUCUUCCCCGGAAGCUUCAAAAAAGACUGUCGUAGAACUCAUGAAUAGUCAUCUAAAUCGGAAGGAUAAGUCAAAUCCCGAUAUGCAACGAUUGCUUUCGGAAACAGAUUUGGUAAUGAAUGCAUUAGUAUCGGUUAUCGCUGCAUACGGAUUUUCUAAACCAACCGAUAAUGUUUUCAAACUUUGGCAGCAUAUUGUUCAAGCAGUUCCGUUAGAUACCCCACUUCCUUUGUUGCAAUUGCCUCAUCUUCAUUUUGAAGAUGCUAAAAAGCUUGCUUCACGGGGUAUUACUCGCAUCCCUCAAUUCUUACAAUCACAAAACGAGAAAAGUAUGUCUUGUUUAUCAGGCUACUCUAAAAAACAAGUUCAAGAAAUGGUAGAAGUUGCCAGCAACAUUCCCCGUAUUUCAAUAUUGGAUGCUAAGGUACUAGUGGACGGAGAUGAUGUUGUCACUACUGGAGCGAUUGCGAAUUUCGUUUUGCGUUUAAAGUGCUCUUAUGGGGAAGAAAUUAUGCCAGAAGUUAGUGUUGAUGGUACAGAAGUUGCCACUGAGCAAGACAAAAUCGAUGCGGAACGUAUUCAUAUGGAAAAGGAUGAAGUCUUGGGAGAUUUGGAGGUUCUUCCUCAUGCUUGGGCGCCUCACUUCACGCAAUAUCACAAGACUGCAUGGUGGGUGUAUGUGGUAGAUCCCCGUCAAAACAGAGUGAUUAUUCCACCAUUCAGCAUUACGGAUAUUCCACGCACUACGCGAACCAUUCGUAUACCUUUCCAGGUACCUCCGGUAGAAGGUACUUUCAAAUUUCAAACGCAUGUUGUAUCCAACUCAUACCUUGGAGAAGACAUUGUAAGCAAUUUGACAAUUAUAGUAAAAGACGCUGCGGUGAUACAAGACGUUACCGUUGAAGAGGAUGAAUUUUCUGAAGCUGAGGAUGAUUCAUUCGAAAACCCUAAGCAUGGCGCUGAAAGCAUGGAGGAUGAUGACGAAGAAUCUGACGAAGAGGAUGAUCCUAAUGCUAAUGGUUUCAACACAGAUACUUCUGAAGAUGAUGAGUAAUUAUGCGCCAAACACUAACGAUGCAAAAAAAAUACCGAUUUCCGCCAAGAAGUGUCCUUUAGUCCAUUCUUCUUUUUUUUGUUUGUUUCCAGUUGUAGCUUUCUAAUCUUAUUUUACGUUCUUAUAUAAUUUGCAAGUCUAUGCAUAGGAAUAAAGAUUUGUAUAUGGCCACGGAAUCUUUUUACUUAACGGCGAACAAUUACUUGGUUUGCGAUACUUUCAUUUUUUCAUAGCAUAUUUAAUUGUGGAAUACUUUCGAAUUGGAGUUUUCCAAUUGAGGCACUCUUUUGAUAAUAGAAACAUAUAAAUUAUGGAUUGAACUUUUACAGCUCAUUAGUAUUAUGGUCUUUAUAGUCUAUAAAUGUUUCUAAUUGUAAUAUGUGAAUGUUAUGCU